CUGGCUUAUCCGCGAUAUGUAUAAGCUGCAUGGUUCACACGACGCCCAGGCCCCGAGUAGCGCUGCUUUCUCUAGUACUCUAUACUGCCAGUUGCGGCUACGACGUUGCGAUGCAAGCCUGCCUUAUACUGUGCCUCGUCGUCACCCAAGCACUAGCCAGCCCUUUUGCGGCGCGGCAGAUCUCGAGCACAAAUUCGAAUGAUAUCUCUGUUAUCGGGUUGACGGUAACCCAGGAGCAGCCAACGAGCACGACGACUGUGCUAAGUACCAAGACGGAAUACACGGUCGUCACACCUCUUUCACCGUGGGCAGUAGUCUCGGUCGUCCCCUACACGGCUAUCGUGUCCGGGUCGAUAACACAGAUCAAGUCGGCGACAUUGACGCUCUACCCCGCCACCUACUCUGCUGAACCCAGCACCACGACCUCGUCAUCGUCAAAGAGAGACGGGGCCAUCGCUGGGGCUGUCGUCGGAGCUGUGGUAGUCGCUGGCAUCGCUGGCAUCGUGUUUAUGCGGUCCCACAACAAGCGGUCGGCUCGACACUGGAGGAAUCGGGGGCCAUGGCUGAACCUGGAUGGUGGUGAUGGUGGUGGUGGUGAUGUGAAGAAACCUCCCAGCCCGAUCAUCGCCACAGUUACAGUACCUUCACCAACGACUGCGGCUCCAGUUUUGGUCAAGGAUUGCCUCUGAUCCAUUCUCUGCUGGCCCGUCUUCUGUGGGAGCAGCAGACAAACCUGGGCCGCCGUUGUCGAAUUAGACACCGUUUUUUUACUCGUGGUGAGAUUCUGCGUAUAAACGUAUAUUGCUUGGUAGCGCGUAUGCUCUACAUUACUAUUUCGCUCUCUCUAUUUUCCUGCCCUGCACACGCUUUUCCUGGCUAUAGAAUUCCAAUUGUAACCCACCAACAUUGGCACGCCUUUCUAAACGCAGACCUUUGGUUCCCUA